AUGGCACGUCUCCAUCUUCAUUUCCAUCUGUCUCUCCUGUCUCUGUCUCUCCUGCUUCCCCUGGUUGCCUCCUCAGGAGUGUUUGAGCUGAAGGUGCACUCUUUCAGCACCACACGCCGCUUCUGCAGGAGAACCCGUGACUGUAAUAUCUUUUUCCGUAUCUGCCUCAAGCACUCAGAGGACGUGAUCUCCGCCGACCCGCCCUGCACCUUCGGUACCGGGCAGACCGGAGUGAUGCGCGCCGAACCAGGAGCCAUCUCCAACAGCGCCGCCAUCCGAGUGCCCUUCCACUUCAAGUGGCCGGGAACUUUUUCUUUGGUUAUUGAAGCCUGGAAUGCAGAGUCACCCAAAGAGCACGCUGAGUACACAGAGAACCAGAACAACCUGAUCAGCCGUUUAGCGACACGGCGACGUUUAGCCAUCGGCGAGGACUGGUCUCAGGACGUGCACUUCGGUGAGCAGAGUGAGCUUCGCUACUCGUACCACGUGUUCUGUGACGAGUUUUACUACAGAGACGCGUGUUCAGAUUACUGCCGGCCACGUGAUGACACACUUGGGCACUACACGUGCGACGAGAACGGCAACAAACAGUGUCUGGAUGGCUGGCAGGGGGAAUACUGCUCCGAUCCCAUCUGCUCGGCGGACUGCAGCGAUCGUCACGGUUACUGCGAGGCCCCUGGUGAGUGUAAGUGUCGUCUGGGGUGGCAGGGCCCGUCCUGCAGCGAGUGUGUGCGCCACCCCGGCUGUCUGCAUGGCACCUGCACGCAGCCUUGGCAGUGUGUGUGUAAGGAAGGAUGGGGAGGUCUCUUCUGCAACCAGGACCUGAACUACUGCACCAACCACCGGCCCUGCGCUAAUGGAGCCACCUGCACCAACACGGGUCAGGGCAGCUACACCUGCACCUGCAGGCCAGGGUACGGCGGCACCGACUGCGAGCUCGAGAUCAACGAGUGCGACUGCAACCCCUGUAAGAACGGCGGCAGCUGCAAUGAUCUGGAGAAUGAUUACUCGUGUACGUGCCCUCAGGGCUUCUAUGGGAAAAACUGUGAGAUUGUAGCAAUGACGUGUGCAGAUGAUCCGUGCUUUAACGGAGGAACGUGCGAGGAACGUUUCACUGGGGGCUACGUGUGCCGCUGCCCCCCAGCAUACACUGGCUCCAACUGUGAGAAGAAACUGGACCGCUGCAGCCACAAACCCUGCGCCAACGGUGGCGAGUGUGUAGAUGUGGGCUCAGGGGUGCUGUGUCGGUGUCGCCCGGGAUUCGCCGGGCCGCGCUGCACCGUUAACAUGGACGACUGUGCACGCUCUCCAUGUCAGAACUCGGGCACGUGCGUAGAUGGUGUGAAUGAUUACACGUGCUCGUGCACGCUUGGAUUCAUGGGGAAGAACUGCAGCGUGCGUGCCGAUGCCUGUCUCUCACACGCCUGCCUGCACGGCGGUACCUGCUAUACACACUUCUCAGGCCCCGUGUGCCAGUGUGUGCCUGGAUUCAUGGGUCCCAGCUGUGAGUUCCCCGUGCUGGACAGGGCCGGUCUGGAGCGGGCAGCGUCACGCAGCUCUCGAGGCUCCUCCCCUUCUACAGUGGCAGCGCUGUGCGUGCUGGGCGUACUGGCAGCCUGCCUGGGUGUGUGUGUAUCUGUGGUGUUCUUGAGGCGCAGGAGGCAGCGUCUGCGCAGACAGCAGCUCUGCGACUCCGUCUUCAACGACCUCGAGACGGUCAACAAUCUUGAGCGGCAGCACUACCCCUACGAACGGGAAUUCCUGUCCAGAGCUGUCAGUCAGGUGAAGCCGAGCAACACCGAGGCCAGGCUCAGCUGCUCAUUGGCUCCUGGGCACACUCUUCCUGCCGGGCGGGACUUCCUGUGGAGCGCUGGAGGGGUGGGGAUGAGAUAACACACACAGACACACAGGUUCAAAAAACAAGCUUCAAACAUCACACACACACAAACUGAGUGAAGAAUGAAAACAAUAUCAGCCAUAUUUUUUUGUUUGUUUGUUUUACAGUGAAUAACGGAAUUGAUCAAAAACGUGACAGAACAAAGUGCUGUACAGGACUUUUUUCUGAUGGACCGAUGGAGUCUAUGCUCCAAAAACCAAAAAGCCAGAGAAAUUUUCAGGUUCGUUAAAGUGUUAGAUUUGGGAUAGAUGGUGAUUGCGACAGAAUUCAACAUUUAAAAAAAAAAAAGAAAACGUAUGAAUUACUUUAAAGAACACACAAUAUCACAGAAUAUCUGCAGGAAAUAAACAAAACAAAACAACAACCAUGACUUCAAGUUUGGGACAUGAUGGGAGGUUCGGCCAAAUC